AUGUCGCGCGUGGUACCACUCGAGACUCUGUCGGAGAGACUCAUAAAAUUCCGUAAAGUGAUGGAGGAGAAGCAAUUCGGUGCUUAUAUAGUUCGCCACGAUGACGCUCAUCAGUCCGAAUACAUCGCUGCUUGUGACGAACGCGUAGCAUACCUCUCUGGUUUUGACGGUUCUGCAGGGACAUGUGUUGUUACUCCGACACAAGCUCUUCUGUGGACCGAUGGCAGAUAUUUUUUACAAGCUCAAAAUCAAUUCGGAAAGGAGUGGUAUCUGAUGAAAGACCGUGAACCUAACAUUCCCACAGUGAAAGAUUGGCUGCUUAAAAAUGCAAAGGACGUGACUGUCGGUGUCGACCCAGCGGUUACCUCAGUGGCGAGCUAUAUGGAUUACACGAAAAGUGGUUUGAAAAUCGCAAUGGAAGAGCAGAAUUUGGUGGAUGCAAUCUGGGAUGAUGAUAAAGAGUACCCUAGACCUAAGCCUGGCAGUGAUCCGGUGCUGUUCCUCGAUGAGAAAUAUUCUGGAGAGAGUACACUAUCGAAGUUAACACGAGUUCGAGAGGCUAUGAAAAAACAGAAUUGUAAUGCGAUGUUGGCGUCGUCUCUGGAUGUCAUCGCAUGGACUACUAAUCUUCGAGGAAGUGAUAUAGAGUACAAUCCCCUAUUCAUGUCGUAUUUGGUUAUACUACAAGACUCUUGUUUGCUUUUUGUGAAUUCUUGUCGCUUCACAAAGGAUGCUACUGAUGCUAUGCAAAAAGCUGGGGUGCAAUGUCGGCCUUAUGAAGAAGUUUUUUCCUGGCUGAAAUCCAACUGUUCAUCAAUCGGAAAAGUGUGGCUGGACCCCAACGCCUGCAAUAUGGCAGUUUACAGUGCGCUGGGUUCGGAGGCUGCUAAGUAUGAGAACAGACUCCCUAUGGUGUUGUGGAAAGCGAUUAAAAAUGAAGUGGAAUGUGAAGGCGCGAGAGAGGCUCAUCGAGAAGACGGUUUAGCUAAGACUAGAUAUAUGUAUUGGCUGGAGCACCAGCUCGCUGAUCUUAAGAGGAGUGAUCUCGACGAAGUUGAUGUUGCUGAUAAAUUGGAAGAAUUUAGGAAAAAAAGUCCAAAUUUUCGCGGGCUUAGUUUUACAACGAUUUCUUCGUUUGGAGCGAAUGCUGCGGUUAUUCAUUAUAGUCCUACGAAGGGAAGUGCGAGAUCUGCUAGUGAUAAGGAAAUGUAUCUGGUGGAUUCUGGAGGACAGUAUUGGCAAGGCACGACUGAUGUAACUCGUACCGUGCAUUUGGGUACUCCUACUGCUGCUGAGAAGGAUGCAUAUACUCGAGUUUUGAGGGGGCACAUAGCGUUAGCAAAGCAGAAGUUCCCGGUGGGGACAGUUGGUCAGGCUUUGGACGCAUUAGCUCGGCAAUAUCUCUGGCAAGGAGGAAUGGACUUUCGACAUGGAACAGGUCACGGUGUUGGAGCCUAUCUCUGCGUUCACGAAGGGCCUCACAAUAUCGGACCUCCUGGUCGUCCAGGUAUUCCGGAGCCGUUGAAGCCUGGCAUGAUAAUCAGCAACGAGCCUGGAUACUAUAAGGAUGGGGAGUUUGGUAUUCGCAUAGAGAGUCUGAUGCUUGUCCGAGAAUAUAUGUUCACUUUCUUCAGCUGA